AUGAGAGACUUCGUGUCCUGCUUCAGCGAAAACGCCAUCAACGUCGCCGCCUCUCAACAAACCCACCACCACUACUCCUUCUCCUGCUCCUCCUCCGCCGCCGCCGCCGUCGCUCGUUCCUCCGAUUCCACCCCUUCCGUACAGAAUGCCGUCUCUUCCCUCUACCGAAUCACCCUCUCCACCCACAAGAAACCCUUUCACUUAUCCGUCACAUGGGCCGCGGACUGGCUCACCAUCUCCUCCGGCCAAUCAUCCACCUUCAAGCUCAACACCAGCUCCGGCCUCUUCCGCAGGAAGAAGGGCAGCCGGUCAAUUGACGCCGCCGCCGGCGGCGGCCCCGAUUUCAAAUUCGAUGUCUACUGGGAUCUCUCCUCCGCCCGCUACGACGCCGCCGGCCCGGAGCCCCUCGACGGAUUCUACGUCGUCGUAGUUGUCGAUUCCGAAAUUGUCCUCAUCCUCGGCGAUUUGGCCGACGAAUCCACCGUUCUGCCCAAGAAAUUGCUGAGGACGGCGGCCCCGGCCUCCGCCGCGAAAUCGAGCUUGAUUUCGCGGCAGGAGCAUUGUUCGGGGAGCACCCUGUACUCGACUAAAGCUCAAUUCUGCGAGACAGGGGGGCAGCACGAUAUCCUGAUUAAAUGCAGCGGCGGCGGCGGCGACGGAGGGGAGAAGGAAGGGGUGAAACAGAGGAACCAUUCCCCUGUUUUGUCAGUUUGUAUUGAUAAGAAGGUUGUGAUUCGGGUGAAGAGAUUGCAGUGGAAUUUCAGGGGGAACCAGACGAUUUUCGUCGAUGGGUUGCUGGUGGAUCUGAUGUGGGACGUACAUGACUGGUUUUUUAACCCGGCGGCGGCGGCGGCGGCGGCGGUGUUUAUGUUCCGGACGAGGAGUGGGAUGGACAGCAGGCUGUGGCUGGAGGAGAAGUUAGCGCAGAAGGAAGAAAAACUUCAGCAGCAGGAAAAACAGCAGCAGAGAGUUGAAUUCUCGUUGCUGAUUUACGCCUGUAAGAGCCCUUGA